AAGGGGAUUAUUACUGUGCACAGAGGAGAGGCAACCCUCUGCCCCACCUCUUGUUUGCAUGUGCCCAAUGGGGUACCCCAUCUGCUCCUCGUUAGGGACUCAAGGCCUCCAGGACAUUAAUUAAUGCCAAGCUGCUGGCAGAUUGGCAUUCAGGCUUGCCCUAGAGCCCCAUCCUGGCAGCACAGAUGUCCAGCUGACCCCAGAAAUGCUAGUGCCUCACCACCCAGUGAUCCUGUCGAUGUGGGGAGCACAACGCUGACAGCUGAGGCAUCAUGGCAUAGAAUGCUUAGGUGGUGGCAGGAAGCCAGAGGGGGCUACAUGACAACUUUCCACUCUGGGAGCCCCUCAUUCACUUUUGGCUAUGUCCUAGGCUUGCUGUGUGACCUAAGCCUGGUGGCUCACUCACUCUGGGCAGGGCAACUUUCUUUUCCAACGAAAUAUGAAGGUGUUAGAUUGAGUCACGGCUGAGACUGCCUGGGUCUGUGUUAUCUGAACCCAAUCCUCCCCCUGUUACUCUAUUUUUCCUGAACCGCUUAGGCUCCAUCCCAGGCCCUGGGGCAUCCUUUCUAUAAUUAAUGCCUGUCCGUGCUCAGGACGUGACACUGCUUGGCUUGGCCAGGGUAAGUGUCUACUUCCUCAGAGGCCACAGCUGACAGUCCCACACACAUUCCUCAGACUUACCCAGGGCCCCACCUCCUGGACUCUGCCCUCCUUCCUACCCAGGAAACACCAGUACCCAGAAGGGCUGCCCAAGAAUCUGGGGACUAGAAGCAGGAUCUGAAUGGGUUGAACUGGUGAUUCCCAGCCUCUCUCUCCCAGGGCUGGAGAGAACUAGCAGGAGCUGGGCGAAGGAGCUGCUAGAACAAUGCUGAGGUGGGGGAGGUGAAGAGUGUCUUAAACAGGUGAUCAGACCAAGCCACCUGGGUUUACCACCUGGGUACCCCUCCCGCCUGGGUACCCCUCCCGGACUCAGCCCAGCCGGCACUCCAAAGACAGUGGGGCAACCAUGGCGACCAAUUUCAACGACAUCGUCAAGCAAGGCUAUGUGAAGAUGAAGAGCAGGAAGCUCGGGAUUUACCGGAGGUGCUGGCUGGUGUUCAGGAAGUCUUCCAGCAAGGGGCCCCAGCGGCUGGAGAAAUAUCCUGAUGAGAAGUCUGUGUGCCUCCGAGGCUGCCCCAAGGUGACUGAGAUCAGCAAUGUCAAGUGUGUCACACGGCUCCCCAAGGAGACCAAGAGGCAGGCGGUGGCCAUCAUAUUCACCGAUGACUCGGCUCGUACUUUCACCUGUGACUCUGAGCUGGAGGCAGAGGAGUGGUACAAGACACUGUCAGUGGAAUGUCUGGGGUCCCGACUCAAUGACAUCAGUCUGGGAGAGCCUGACCUCCUGGCCCCAGGAGUACAGUGUGAGCAGACAGAUCGCUUCAACGUCUUCCUGUUGCCCUGCCCCAACCUGGACGUGUAUGGCGAGUGCAAGCUGCAGAUCACCCACGAAAACAUCUACCUCUGGGACAUACACAACCCCCGUGUGAAACUCGUCUCGUGGCCCCUCUGCUCCUUGCGCCGCUAUGGUCGCGAUGCCACACGCUUUACCUUUGAGGCGGGCAGGAUGUGUGACGCUGGGGAAGGACUCUACACCUUUCAGACACAAGAGGGGGAGCAGAUUUACCAGCGGGUUCACAGUGCCACCCUGGCCAUCGCUGAGCAGCACAAGCGGGUCCUGCUGGAAAUGGAGAAGAAUGUGAGGCUGCUGAACAAGGGCACCGAGCACUACUCCUACCCCUGUACACCCACCGCCAUGCUGCCCCGUAGCGCGUACUGGCACCACAUCACAGGUUCUCAGAACAUUGCUGAAGCCUCCAGCUAUGGUGAAGGGUAUGGGGCAGCCCAGGCCAGCUCAGAAACAGACCUCCUGAACAGAUUCAUCCUGCUUAAGCCAAAGCCCAGGCAGGAGGACAGCACUGAGAGCAAGACCCCUUCCCAGUGACAACUGGACUGCUGGAAACUGAUGACUGCUGGGCCACCUGCUGGAAGGCUAGCUGCAACAGCCCAUGGACAGCCUCAAGGAGCUGUUGGCCAAGAGCCAGAGGCGAGCAAGCUGUCCGUCCUUGCCCUCAAGGGUGAGGCUGGACCUCAGCACAUGGCUGGCCACACCACCUGAGCAUGAGGGGCUAGAGCCGAUGUGGGACUAUAUACUGUUAAUGGUUUUAAUAUAUAUGGCUUAUGACAUAUUCUGUAUAAAUGAGGCUUCCCUCUACCCUCCCCAU